AUGCACGAGCUGGAGGCCUGCGCAGAGGUGGACCCCCUCCUGUGGCGAGGGGUGGAUGCGGCGGUCCUCGCUGUGAAGCGUGACUGCGGCACGCGGGAGGCCAACGCCAUCCUCGACGAGGCCAAGGCAGCGUCCGAGGUGGUGGCAGAGGCCAACGCCAUCUUGCGGCUGGUGCCGAAAGAGUGGGCCGGCGGUGUCUCCAGCUACGAGCUGGCGGUGCUUCUCGGGGCUGGCGGCCUCCCCGAGGUCUGCGUCGCGGCCAGGCGCGGAGGAGGGGGGCGGGGCGCAAGCGCCGGCAUCUGGGAGGUGGAGCGUUUCAAGAGCGACCGCCUGGACCACAUGCGAGAGGCCGCGGACCUCAUCGCGUCUGGGGCGAAGCAGGGGCCCGUGCGAAGCGGCGGCGGCAAGGGCGUCGCAGCCGGCGGAGGCGACUGGGAGGCACACGCGUGGUCCGAAGUCCCCCUGGACGAUUUCCGCACCAUCGCGAGGCGCUUACAAGAGCAGCGCGAGAGGUGCGACGAGCAGGAGCGCGCGAGGGGUGGCACCAUGUGGGACUCCUUCUUCAGCUGGGGCCUCAAGGACUCGCGCGGGGCAGAUUCCGCCCCCUGGCUGGGAGGGCACCUCUGGGGCGGCGCAAGCUUCUGGGAUCUGCUCGCCGAGCCCCACAGGCUGCUGGCAGGGAGCCCACCACGGGGCGCAGCGGCGGUCCUGGACCAGCCUGCGCCGCUGCCAGCAGCCGCACCGCCAGCAGAGAGCUCAGCGCAGAGAGCCUCCUCGCGGAGGCCGGCACCUGCGCGGCCUGCGCCGGAGCCGCAGGAGGCGGAGCGCCAGGGCAGGGCAGGCGGCGGGGUCGCCGCAGGGCCCUGCGCAGAGCCGCGCAGCCCCAGCCACCACUCCGGCGCGCCACCCUGGGCACCACGCCCGGCUGCGGCGGGAGCCCGGGUGCGCGCUGGCCCGCCUCCGAGGAGGAGCUCAUCACAUCGGCUCGGACAUCGCCGUCGCUGGCGACCCGGGACGGGCAGCUGGCGACGGCUCUGCAAGCAGCCGGCGCUUCACCGUCGGCGCCGCGGCCGGCGCGUCCUCGUCGGCGUCCUCCCCGUCCCGAAGGGCGCGCACGUACGGCGAGGUGGCGGAGAUCCGCGUAGAGGAGCUCUUCAAGGGCCGCCUCGGCGUCCGGCUCAGGAUGGAGGGCCUGGUCGUGUCUGGCUUCGACGUCCCCGAGGCGAAGGAGAUCGGAUGGCGGGUGGGCGACGAGGUGAUCGCGGUGAACGGAAACAGGGUCAACAGCAAGGAAGACUUCCGCUCGGAGCUCGUGGAGGCGCGUAA